AUGGAUAUCGAAAAGAACCCCCCGCCUGCUGCGGUCGACUUGCCAGAGCGGACUGCAGACUCAGAUGUCAAUCAGGGCCCAGCCGAAAAGACUGUGGACCCAGAUGCCAAUCUAAGUCCAGAAGAAAAGAAAUCAGUUUACCAGAAACUCGUGUGGAAACUUGAUCUCCACUUAUUACCAUGGCUUUGCAUCCUGUACUUGCUGGCCUUCUUAGAUCGUGCCAACAUUGGUAACGCCAAAAUCGCCGGUCUCACCCACGACCUUGGGAUGUCGGUAUCACAGUUUAAUGCCACAUUGACCAUUUUUUACAUCUCCUACUCGGUAUUCGAGCCUUUGACCAAUGUGUUAUUAAAACGCUUACGUCCUUCCGUCUUCAUUCCACUCCUCAUGAUUAUUUGGGGAUCCGUAAUGACAUCUAUGGGCUUCGUCAAGAACUGGUCCGGUCUUAUGGCCGCCCGAUGGUUCCUAGGUCUCGCUGAAGCCGGUCUCUUCCCCGGAAUCAGCUUCUACCUGUCUUGUUGGUACAAGCGAUCCGAGCUCGGCAUGCGCACGUCCAUCUUCUUCUCUUCCGCCGCCAUCUCCGGUUCCUUUGGUGGUCUCUUAGCCGCUGCUAUUGAAAACAUGGCAGGCAUCGGCGACCUACCAGGCUGGGCGUGGAUCUUCAUCCUCGAGGGUCUGUUGACUGUCGUCUUCGGAUUUGCGUCCUUUUGGACGGUGUACGAUUUCCCCGAUGGACCUAGGACGAGGUUCCUCAACUCUGAGGAAAAGAAGCGGGCUAUCAACCGUCUCAAGGCAGAUAACCAGGCCAGCGCCGAGUACGAAGCGUUCCAGAUGAAGUACGUCUGGCAGGCCAUGAGGGACUGGAAGAUGUGGAUAGGCAUGAUCAUCUACAGCGGUUGCACGAUGCCUCUUUACGCAUUCAGCAUGUUCCUGCCUACGAUUAUCAUGGACCUCGGCUGGAAUACCAGCGUCGUCAGGUCCCAGCUGUACAGCGUCCCUCCCUACAUCGUCGCCGCCGUCUUCACCAUUGUUGUGGGCUACCUAGCCGACCGCAUGAACAAGCGCGGUAUCUUUAACGUGCUCACGAGCUUGAUCGGCGUUGUUGGCUUUAUCAUGCAGCUAGCCACGACGAGUCCUGCGGCGCGGUACACGGCUACUUUCCUCGGUGCCCUGGGUAUCUACCCCUGCAUCCCCAACACCAUCUCGUGGGUCUCUAACAACACCGAGGGCGUGUACAAGCGAGGUGUCGUCCUGGGCUUCGUUAUCGGCUGGGGUAACCUCAAUGGUAUCGUGAGCUCCAACAUCUACUUCUCCAGUCCCGACUACGUCGAGGGCCAUGGCGUCGUCUUGGCCUACAUGGCUUUGUUCCUUUGCGGCGCAAGUUCCCUCAUGAUGCUGCUGCUUCACCUCGAGAACAAGAGGAGGCUAGCGGGAGAGAGGGACGUGUGGGUAGAAGGCAAAUCGGAAAAGGAAAUUCGCGAGAUGGGUGACCGGAGGCCAGACUUUAUUUACGUGAUUUGA